AUGAAGCGGCAAAAUUUUCAAAUACCCGACGCGAAGCGUGUUGUGAGCAUCGUUGCCGCCUUUCUACUGUAUCCGUGGAGCUUAAAUGUGACAGCUCAAAUUCCAGAUUCGUUAGGAUACCCUGAUCCUCGGUAUUCGACGACUCGAAACUUGACUGCAUUUUCGUGCGCAGGAGGAGCUCUUAACUGUCCUGACAAUGGACAGUAUGCUUCUGCUGGCGGUAAUCUUACCUUGACGAUUGUGGAAAUGCGCAAUUUACCUGAUCUCGAUAGCUUUGGACGAGCAGGUUUAGAGACCGACCCGUACGUUGAGGCGAUUAUCGGCGAUAGUGUUCGCACAUCAGAUGUUGUGUGGAAUUCGCUAAAUCCACAGUGGCCGCCAUGUAAAGAGCCUGGAUGUACUGGGAAAGGUGACCUCGCUCGGGACCUGAAUUUUGGUUUUCGAACAGCUGGAACAGAAAUCAUAAUUCGUGUUUGGGACAAAGACAGCGGCUUUGAAUUCGACGAUGAUCUAGUAGCUCAAAUAAUACUCAACACUAUCUACUGUUCCGCGUUUUCGGCACUUAAACAGAAGGUUCCGUUUAAUGAUUCUUCGAGUUGGUCAAUGCCGGAGCAACCGAUGUGUGUCGAAGAGCUCUGGAUUCCUUUGACUGAGAAUGGAAAUUGCAGCAAUGCUGAAUCACCAACGCCGUGCAUGCGUAUCCGUAUGACUGUCAUCCCGUUUCAGAUGAGAACAGAGGAAGUUUUUGUAUCAAAUGCCUUGGUGGAUGGGGGAAUGGGCGGUUUUUAUCCUGAUGAAGACUCUUGGCUUUAUGGACGAGUAUAUGCGAGCUCAAAUACACGAUUGUUGAGCUAUUAUCGAAUGGUUGAUUCGCGUGGCGGACUACUGAUCCGUUCACUAAGUACGUUAAGUAAUAAUAAAGGCAACGCAUCACUAGUUGGUAAAUACGGCUUUGCACCACACGCACGUGUGACGCUAAAUUUUGCAGCUCAACUUUACGUGUUCCGGCGUGUGGAUGAUGCGGCAUCUUCGCCUGAAUGGUUGAGCUCCUCCUUUGGAUGGGCCGACACUCGUGAAUACGCGCAAUUGAUGGACGUGGCUGGUGAUUUCAAGGCUUUUACUAAGAAUUUUACACCCCAUUCGAUUAACAAGUACGGAGACGCUGAUGGAGACGGAAUUAUUACUGGAGCCAACAUAGCUCUGAAUUUCACGGAUGCAUCGUUGAGCAUGUACUUUAUCGUCGCUGUUCCACAUCAAUCGUUUGAUCGCAUUCCUGCUGUUUAUUCGAAGACGUUUUCACGAACAAUUUUUUUAAAAAUUACGGCGCAGUAUUGUCUGACGUUUGCCUUCUUGAUUCUUCUAGUAGUGCGUUAUUUGCAGCGUAUGCAUUGGCGCAUUGAGCGAAUUCAUUCUUAUCUGACCGCAAAAGUAGCCAGUAAUGUACAGCUCCCUGCGAUAGUCAAAGAAAACGGAGCGAAGGCUGAUGUUAUAGACAACACAAAGGAAACUAAACGGACACUUGAGUCAUCGAUAAAAGUGACGAAGCCCGACAUUGUGGCCCAGCUUUUUCUUUGCUACAAGGAUGAUGAAAAUAAUACCCAAUUUCGACGCAACUUGUACUACGCCACCUGGGCAGUAAAUAUUAUCAUAGCUUCGCCUGUUUUGAUGCUAUUGUCGUGGGGUGUGACGUCCGUCGUACUAGUGACACCGCCGGUAUUUGGCUUUGGUAUUAUUUUUCUCGGUAUCGGGGCAUUGGGAGGAAUCUAUGCUGCUGCUGUGUGGAUGCAUACGGGCUGGCGAAUGACAAAGCAAACGUUGUAUCUCUUUACUAUAGCAUUUUUUGGGGCGUUCGUUUUUCUCUUUUCAGCCAUCUUUGCAGAUCCAAAGGUAAACACCGGAGGUGACCACCUAGACUUCUUUGCGCUCUCGUCCAUUUUUCUUGCACUUAACAUGAUAUUCAUUAUCUGGCUCGCCUUUACAAAUGAUUCAAAGCUUUCAAAAUCUUUGAAACAAGUCAUCGCUGUCGUAAGUGCAUCUAAGAAAGUUACAUCGUUGAAAACCAAGUAUAAAAACUUGGGAUCACUUGGACUGAAACUUGCUAAUGCUAAAGGGAAUAUUCAAGCUGAAGAACAGCGAGAAGCAACGGCGGUGAGUCGAAAGCGACAUGAGUCUGCUUUUGCUGCCAUCUUAGGCGAUCUUUACACUGUUGAACAAUCAUUACCAGGUCUAGAAUGUGCAGACAUUGCCAAAAGUGCUUUUGUUAUACCGCCAUCCACAAGAAAACGCAUGAAUCGAAAAUGGUAUCUGACUGCAAUGACCAGCCUUUUUGUCUACUGCAUUGUGGCCAGUGUUUGGACCGAAUAUGGGAGUCAAGCAGUAGGAAUUUCUUCAACGCUAAUACUAGUGGAUAUUUGUAUGUACAUGUUGCAUCGCGGCAAGAGUGCGAAUAACUGGAGUGCAGGCUACACAGUAUUUCUAAUGAGCUCCAUACGGGUUUGCCUUGCAGCCUUCUGUGGUAGGUACUGGAUCAUUGGGCACGCCUUCUUGUACAUGGUGUUUGGCACGGCCCUUUGUCAUGAAAUUAUUGGUCGAAACCUGCCACGUUUGAACAAACAAGAAGCAGGAGCCGUCACAUUUUUUGGUCAUGACCCGCACAAGGAACGUCAGCAGCAAUUAGAUGUUAGCACUAUGCCCGAGUUUGUGCUGGGAUUUCUAUCAUUUUUCUAUCUCUUUUUGUUGCUUGGCGUUGCUUUUGAUUCGAAUGCUAACCAGACCAUUCACGUGCCAGUCUUAGGUCAGGAGUGGCCGCUGUGGAUAUUUGGCGUACUAGCAUUCAUUGUCGUCCUUUUCGUUGGUCUUUCACUUGCCACAUCCAGAGCAUUAUUUUUACAGAAAGAACAACUUUUAUCAAACUAUGCUACAAACGUUUACCUUUUUGUUCGGCCAUGGCGAUUACCGUAUAUGCUGGCUGCUGCAUCGGAAGUGCUUAUUAUCUGUUGGGGUCUGUUUGUUUAUGCAUCGACAGAGUCAACAUUCAUCCUUGAGUCUUCAUUUUUCGCACCUCUCAUUCUCAUGUUGUCGUUAGCAGUAUAUGCACAAUGGAAAAAGAACGAUUAUCGUCUUGUCAUUUGGCCUCCUGAAGAUGACGACGACGAUGUGCUAGAUGAUGACGGUCUACUGGAUGAGGCAGCAGCAGUCGAGCAAGAAGCAGAGCUUAUGCGAGAGAAUUUUGUCAUCCCUCCUUUAAUGGGCAAAGAAACGAAUCAAAAUUUUGGUGGGCUCGAUGAGACAUUUAAAAUGCCAAACCUGCCGUCCAUGAGUGUGUUAGAAAACUCUGGUAGUGGAGACUUAGGGGUUACGACUCCAGUCAAGAAACAAGGACCUUUGAUCUCUAGAAAAAACAAAAUUACUUCCUCCUUAGACAACGCGACUUCGAAACAUAACACUUCAAACGCAUCGGAUAAUCUUUCGGAGGCUUCCAAGGAUAGAGACGACGACACACUGCUAAGUCUAUCAGCUGCAAAAUUACUUAGCUUGGUUUGGAAUAAAGGCCUUGUGAGCUGUUGGCAUGCCUUUUUCUCGCGCAAUAAAUGGAUGAAAAAAUACAAGAAAGAAGAACCCGAUUUACGACACCAUAACAAUCAAUCUACGGGUCCCUCCCUGAACGACGAUGAUGAAGAUGCUGCACGUCCAUUGCUUAAUGACAACGAUGUCAAUAAUAUGAUCUUGGCUCGUCGGAAAUUGGCGACUUCAGGGGGAGAUAACAAUAUUGAUUUUACGAAGAUGACACUUUACGAGGCUUAUAAGGAAGGAUAUUUACUACCGCAGGAUCACAUAACAAUCGGUUCAUUCGUCGUACUACUGGCAUUGAUUAUGCUCUACGGGAUGAUUCUUACUGCCACUGAAAAUCCCUCUUGGCUUGGACAGAUCGUUUGGACAAUAACUUAUGUUCUGAUCUUUACAAUAUUUCCAACGAUUAAAUUUUUCAAGACAUCGACAGUUACCUCUGAGAUGAAAUUUUGUUACGUGGGGAGUGCAUUGCUAGCGUGGAUUACUGGUUUUGUGUUCUUCUUCGCUGCGCUCAAGGCCGAUGUGAAUCAGGUUGGGUCUCUGGUGGUUCUCUCAAUUUUGGUAUUCUAUCCAAUCUUUUUACUCUUUGCGGUCACGCUAUGUCGCUGGCAAGACGAGAAUUGGAUCAUCACGCGUCCUAUCCGUGGUAUUGGUGGAUUCUGCAUUGGCGCGAUUGUUCUUUGGAUCUGUGAGAUGUAUGUGUUUGUUAGUGUUACCUUAGGUGGCGUCUUGACAUUUUUACUGGCACUAUAUCUUUUUAUCACGUACUUUGUCGUCAAAUGGGUCGAGAACGACCAUUUCCUCGCCCCAGUGUACCAACGACAGGCUAGCUUUAUCGUUUUAAGUGCCACGAUUGCUGCUAUCAUUGCGGCUCUAAUGUUAGGCAUGAGCUUCUUCACCUGUCUUUCUAUCGUCUUUAUGGUGCUCCUUCUAAAAUAUUCACUUCUCUUUGUUGCUGGCUGGAUCAUUGCAAAGCGCUCGGCUGAUGAAUCAGUCUUCUACUCACCCUACCUCUUUCCUGUCUUUUCAUACAAUGCCUUCACCAAUAAUGUUGUGGACGAGACGCACAAUGUGCUCUCACUCUACAUGGUAUUUCUAUUGCUCUUCCUCUGGGGCGUUGCUGGUGUCAUGUUUGUUGAUCCUCUAAGUUUUGGUGUCGGACUUUGUAGUCUCGUUUUACUUACCUGCGCUGGCGUCACUGCUCAUCUGUGCGCUAUCACACCUGUACAAAUGGGCAUUGCUGCAAAGUACAUGAAUGAAAUGAUUCUUAAAGAUGCCAGCGAAGCAGCUCAAUUAGUAUUCUGUCGUCGUAGUCAGCCUUUUACUCUCGAGUCCCCAGAGUUUGUAGAGCAGGAGCGUCGAGAAAAACUAGCUGAGCUCGAGUUUCAAGCCAUUGCUAACGGCGAUUCAGCACUUGUGAGUCGAAAGAAAGCAGCAAAAGCAAAAGAAGAACAGGACAAAGUUAAAAAUGGGCUACAGUCUAAGUGUGGUGACAUAGCACUAGAUAUUGAAGAUACUAAACGUCAAUGCCGGUAUACAAGAGACAUUAAUGGUCUCGAAAUUCCUCGAAAAGAUGGAUUCCUUUCAUGGAAAGAAGUAAAAGAGGACGUAUUUCAGCGUGGUGUAGGUCCAUUUGGCUUCUUUUAUGCGCUCACAAUUCCUCCGCGAGUAUAUCGGUUUAUACAAUUGCGCUAUUUUCCGUCAAGCCUCAAAGUUGUAAAGGAGGUGGAGGUUGAUAAAAAUGAUGAUGUACAAGCUUACAGUCUUGAACGGGGUGAUAGCACGCUCACAGUCUCACCACAAACUCAUGAAAUUGAUUCGAAGACAAGCCUCCCGCCGAAAGAUUUGUUUGAGCUCCUGCUGCAGUUACCAAAGCUCGAUGCGGCUUUAGACCGUGCAUUUUACGAAGAAACUCGCUGUGUGAUUCAUUUGCAACUUUUAAUGCUAACAGCUUCAGAUGCUCGCUUGAGUCGAGAGAAAAUCCUUUUUCAGAAAUUUUUGCGGGAGAAUCGCUUCAAGCUCAUGUCUAAUGGCAUAAAUCCCCCGGCAAAUGUCUUUCGCACAAGUUCCUUUGCAUCGAUCGACAUUCCAUUAGUAGCUGUGUGGUUGCUUUCGCUUACUCUAGAAGCACGAGCGAAAUUUCAUGAUCUUAAAGCAACAUUUAAUGUAGAAAUGGAGCGCAUGGAUGCCAUUGUAGAUGCUGAGGAUCGUGCAGCUGUGGUCGAGCAAGAGGAACUUCGUGCAUACUGGGCACCAUACGAAGCUCAACAGUGUCAUCAGCGGAUGCAAGAAUAUGUGGCUCGUCGACUACGUCGCGAAAGCGAAGGAAUUCUUUCUGAAGAAGAAGAACGUAAAUCUGGCUACGAUGAAGGUCUUUUGAAUGCAAGAGAAGCUUUGUCUGAAAUCGAGUCGGGUUAUUCUUGUCUUGCAGAUGAGUAUGGUCGAUCAUUGCAAUUUGUGGAUCAAGAAUUUCCUCCAGACACGACUUCACUCACUGGAUGUAUAUAUGAAGUAGAAAUUGCACCACAGUGGAAGGUAGCAUCGGCUAUAAACGGUGCCGCAGGAUUGUUUGACGGAGGCACAGAUCCUGAUGAUGUUCGAGUCGGCCGUCUAAAUGAUGCCUGGUUGCUGAGUGCUCUGAGUAUUUUGGCUGCGUCUGGUGGUGUUGAUGAUGGCAAAGUCGAUUUCUUAAUCGAUCGGUUGUUUGUGACGAAACAAACUUCUCUCACGGGAGCUUAUGCUUUGCGUUUAUUCCAGAAUUGUCAAUGGGAGACGGUGAUUGUUGAUGACUAUUUUCCAGUUCUAUACGAUUUAAGCGAGCGUCAAGCUGCUGACAUAGGCGCUGGGGAAGAAGCUGAGCAUUUGCUUAGUGCAGGAGUUGCGUUCGCACACAGUCGCAAUUUUGAAGAGCUAUGGGUUCCGCUGGUUGAGAAGGCGUUUGCAAAAUAUUACGGAGGAUACGCGGCUCUGGAACGUGGCUAUGUGCAUCAUGCUCUUCGGGUGUUGUCUGGCUGUGAGUGCGAUGAAAUAUUCUUAGCUCCGGCAGCUCGCGGUGCAUUGAAAAAGACAUUGUGGCAACAGCUAAAGUUAUUUCGCAAGAAUCGGUUUCUUCUCGGCGCAUCUUCUUUGCCGAGUGAGCACGCAGACUCAGCACUGCAAGCAACUGGUCUAGUGUUUGAUGCCUGCUAUGUUAUAUACGAUGUGCGAGAGCUGGAUGGUGUGCAACUGCUGCGGCUGCGAAAUCCACCAGGUGACCAUCAAGAAUGGAAAGGUGACUGGAGCGAUAACUCACGUCUCUGGACUCGCCGACUACGCAAGCGUCUUGACAUGCCGAAGGGCAAGGAAACGGAGACAGACAACACAUUUUGGAUGAGCUUUGAUGAUUUUUGUCAUGCCUUCCGAGCGCUCUACGUAUGUCGGUACUACGAUCCUGCGAAGUGGACUGUCCAGGCACUAUAUGCUUGUUUCGCGCGCGAAGAUGUCACUUCUAGCGGCCUUCCAACGCGGCAUAACCCUGGAUGCAAGGGGCUUGACAAAAAUCCUCACUUUUCAUUACGCAUAUCGCGUCCAACAGAGAUCAUCGUCACGGUUACGCAAGUGGACUCACAUGGCUUGGCUCCAGUGACUGUGCUGCCCAUAGCAGUGUACAUUGUGGCUCAUCAAGACCAAAAGGAUCGAGCACGACGUGUAACCUUUCUAAAUCAGGACAAUGUUGUUGCGCAUAGCGGUGUACCAAUUCGAAACCGAGAAGUUCGACUUCAGUGCGAGCUGUCUGCUCGCACUUAUACUUUGCUGGUAGCUGCGUACAUAUGUGGUAUGGAAGGGCCGUUCCGAUUGCACGUACAGAGCAAUUAUUUAGUCGAGCUCCAGCAGAUUUGGCCUGCAGCUGGGAAGACUGAUAAUGGCAUGACAAUCGCAAGACAACCCGAAGGUCUUGUCGAGAAGAUAACGGAGAAAAUGAAACACACGAUGACCAAGUCAAGAGCAGGAGCGAAAAUUGUAGCAAAGACGCAAGAGUUGGCUGGCCAAUUUGCGGCGGGUGCAGCUAUUAUCGAUAAUGUCAUGAGAGAUGAAGAAAGCUUUUUAAAGGAAAAACUUGCACAGCAACAACAGGAAGAGGCAGCAGAAAUCGAACGCCAAGAGUUUCGUUUGACUGGAAAGAAAGUGAAGCAGACGGGCCUAAAAAAUCCGUGGAUCGAGCAGUGGGAUGAAGGUGCAGGUAGAAUCUUUUACUAUAACAAACAGACUGGCAUUUCUACCUGGGAGAAACCCGACGAUUGGUAA